CAAGCUGUCAAGGACCUCUCCCACAAAAGACUGCUCAUACCAUCAGUCAGAAUGUGGCCCAAGGACAAGCCCCACCCACCGGCAUACUCGAAUGGACCCAGUGACUGGAUGCUGGUGGACACGAGCAUGGUCCAGCUGCGCGGGACAGAGUGUAACAAGGUUGGAGUCAGCUACACUGGUUUCAGGAGACAGUCGGGGAGGUGCCAGGCAAAGGCAGGAUCCUGUUUUCAUAACCAGCCACUUCAGCUCUGGGAGUAUGAUGAU